AUUCUCAGUACAUCAUGGUAUCCGGUUGCUUACUGUAGUUAUUAAUUACAACCAAAAAUGUCUGGAGAAAUAGCUAGUCGAGUGGAGGAUGUAUUCAACUUUUCAGGUAAAAGUGAUAAUCCAGAAAAUACUGAGAAAUCGAAGAUUGAGGAUACCAAUCAAUCAAAGGUACUGAGUUGUGAGAUUUGUAAAAUCAAAGUGACAAGCUCCAGGAUUCUCCAGCGCCAUCUAGAAGGUAGGAAACACAAGUUAAGGGCGGAACGGCAAGGAAAGAUUUUCAAAUGCGAUUUGUGUGACAUAACCGCCAACAGUGAAAUUCAACUCGAUAUUCACCUGAAAAGUGAGUGAUUUUUCACUUAUUUU